AUGGGUCGAAGGAAGAUUGAGAUCAAGGCCAUCAAGGAUGACCGCAACCGCUCUGUCACCUUUCUGAAGCGAAAGGGAGGCCUGUUCAAGAAGGCGCACGAGCUUUCCGUCCUUUGCUCCGUCGACGUGGCUGUCUUCAUCUUUGGCAACAACAAGAAGCUGUACGAGUACUCGUCGACUGACAUGCGCGAGAUGAUCACCCGUUACACAUAUCAUGGCGGACCAACCGAGCACAAGGGGCCUUCAGACUUCAACGGCGGCAACGACGAGGAGGAAGAGGAAGACGACAACGGCACCCCGCCGAUCCGCGAGUCCAUGGAGCCCCAGAUGCUGCCGCCGCACUUCCAAGGCCAGCCGGGCUUCCCCCACAUGAGGCAUCACGAGCCAUCGGCCUCGCCGCCCAUCAACGGCAUGCACUUCCAGCAACACCCUGGCCAGCCCGGACCUCGCAGCCACACACCCCAACCCCAGAUGGGAUCUCGCCCUGCCUCCAGACAGGACAUUCGCCGGAUAGGACAGCAGCAGCAACCACCACCUCCCCCUCAGCAACAGCCUGUCAACGGCUAUGCCUUUAUGCCCAAUCCCGCCAUCUACACUCCGCAGAACCAGCAGAACAUGCAGCAGCACGGAAUGCCUCAGCAAGGUCCUCAGUACCCGGCCUAUCCCCCCAACCACCAGCAGCAGCCACAUCAGCCGCAUCAACAGCAACAGCAGCAACAGCAACAGCAACAACAUAUGCAAUACCUAGAGGACCAGCGGCGAGCCUCGAUGCCGCCAACGUACCCGCAGAACACGCAAGGCCCUCAAGUCUCACGGAUCUCGCCUUCACCUCCGCAGCCAAACGCGCAGCAGCUGCCACAACAGCACCAGCAGUCUUCUCACGUGUCACCGCCCCCGCCGCAACCACAGCAACUUGAACCGCAGCACCAUCAAGAAGGCGCCAUGCUCGCACCGACGGAGCCCGUGAAGCAGGAAUCUAGAGACAAGCCGCGCGCCCCGUUGCUGAACACAGACUAUGCCAUCAAAAAGAUGCCGCAGCGCAAGCAACACAGCAUCUUCACUCCGAUCGACGAAAACCGGUCUAUCCUGUCACAGCAUCUUGCUUCUUUUGCUGCAGCGGAUUCGUCGGCCUCCAAGUCGGACGCCGGCAUCAAGAUUGAAAGUGUCAACCGGUCUCAGUCAGUAGACGUUGGCGCGGUUUCGAGGACAAACGGCCACACCAGCUCGCCUCCGCUCCCUCAACAGUCCGAUUCCCAAGGACCGGGCAAGGGACGCAAUGUGUCCAUUGCGGCUAUUCCCGAAACCACUUUUACGCCUCCAUCGCGAUCCAACAGCAUGAAGCUUGGCAGCGUUGGCGGCGGCGGAGGGGCGCGGCCUCGCCUCCGAGUCGAAAUUCCCGACGAACCGUCUGACGAGCAACAGACUGCCACUGGUGCUUCCGAAACGCAGUCGCCACGGACGCAAGCUGAUCCCGCCGCAACACAAGCGGCCCGGCGGCCGGAAGGCCAGGCCUCCAACAUGGUCCUUCCACCGCCUUCCCCUUCUGCAUCGGCCUUGCUCUCCGCGGGUGCAACAGGACCGCCGAAUCCGUUCGCGCGACCGGCGCCGCAGCCAAACAACAACAUGAAUAUCGACACACCCGUCUCCGCCCUCCCGUCCCGGUUCCUCAACAACGAGUUCUUGCCCAGCCCAAGCAGCUUCGACACGUACUGGUAUCAGCGCGGCGGCAACGACAGCAACACGCUGCCGAGUCCGCUCAACUUUGCGACUCCCGUGGUGGGACAGGGCCCCAGUUUCCUGCGAGAGGACAACCCGCCGAUCGCCAAGCGCAAAACGCCUGAAAUCGGCAGCAGCGAAAGCACAGACACGGGCGGCGACGCAAAACGCCCCAAGGUCGAGUCCUAA